GUUUAAUGCGGUUUCCCUGGUAACUCUGGUUUCCUUGGUAACUUUGUUACUGUUCACAUUAAGAUGGACACACACAGUCGUGAAUUGGUUUGGGGUCCUGACUGCAGCUGUGCUGUUGAGGCCCCUGCUGGGAAUCUCAGCUUCCCCCACCUUCCCAAUAAGCUCGCUAGUUGUCUCACUUUUGUUUUGCAGUUCCCUUUCGUUUGCACCUGCUGCCUCUUUAUUCAGGAGAAACAGGAUUCCAGCACUGAGGGAGCAUCCUCCAGGCAUCAUGGCUUUGUUAAAUGAUGCUGAUAAGAAGAAUAUCCAACACAUCUGGGCAAAGUUAUUUGAGAAUCCAGAAGAGACUGGCAAAACAGUUGUGAUCAAACUCUUCAAAGAUUAUCCUGAGACAAAAGCAUACUUCAAGACCAUCCCGACUGAAGGCAACCUGCAGGAGGAUCCGCUGGUGCGUUUCCAUGGCCGGAGAGUCAUGGUUGCCCUCAACCAGGUGGUUGAAAACCUGGACAAUUGGAAGCAGGCCUGCAGGAUUCUGGACCGUCUAGCAGACAAGCACAAGAAUGUGCACCAAGUGCCAGCAGUGAAUUUCCAGAGCAUGUUUCAGGUGAUCCUAAGUGUCUGCAAAGACCUCCUAGGAAAUGAAUUCAGCACCGACGUGUCCCUGUCCUGGGAGAAGCUCUUUGGUCUGCUCUCUGAACAAAUAAAUGCAUCUUACGUCAGCACUUCCAAGUCCUGAAGUGGCCACAGUCACUCUAUAGCUAUGGAAGAGAGGAGACGAGUGUCUUUGUACUGUUCAUGUUGUUAUAUAUAUAUAUGGAAAUAGUUCUAGAUGUGAUGGAAUAAAGGGAAGCUCAGCAACCUAUUUCUUGAUCAGUGUUUGAUUUCAGAGCACAGGAAUUGCUAGACUGCAGCAGACCCAGAUUCAUCUAGUCAGGGUCAUGUCUGACAGAGGAAGAAAGGGUGGAAGAGCCACCCUGCAGUAGGCAGAUGUGGGAUAAUCUGCCUCCA